AAAAAAAAUAUGAAACUUCAAACUAUUUUGAGAACACAAGAGGCAGAAAGAGACGGAUCGGAAAGACCGAGGAAACAAAGUACAAAUAUAAUGGCUAACACAUCUGCCAACUCUUCGCCCAGAGGACCGACGCUUCACUCCAUGGAGUACAAGCAUGACCUUCACCUCACGGUCUGAAGAUCAUCAAACCUCACAACAUCAUGACCUGGUGUUGGACUCUCAGAUUUUAUCUGAUCUAAAGACAGUGGAGGUUUUCACUCCUCCGUUAUAGAUGUUAUUCAUUUGCAUGUGUAUUUUUAUUUAUUGAUCAUCUUGUUGGACGUGUACGGCAACAGAAUCGGUUGAAAUUACAAAAAGAUACAUUCAUCUGUGGAUUGAAGGAAAACGUUGCGUGGCUCAUAAUGCUGGAUAACUCCAAGGUUUACAUCGAGCUGGGUGUCGCCAAGGUCCAGAACGUCCCUGAGCCCCUGACACUACCAACACUGUCCAGAAAUGAGAGCUUGACGGACCUUACAGACACUUCUGUGGCCUUCAAUGGCAACUUUCACAAUUCUGAUGAUGCAGAACAAUCCAGCGCUUCUCAGCGCUUCCAGAGAAGGACAUCUUCACAAAUCACAGCAGAACAGACUGCACCUGACAACCGAAAACACAGUGUGGGAACUUUAUCUGCCACGUCUGCUGCCACUGAUGGAUUUUAUCAAAGUUCAGACAGCAGAUUUCUGGUGACCCCAUCGAUUGAUAGAAAGAGAUCUCGAAGUAGAUCGGAAUCCAGCGCGUGUUGCUGUUUCCGGGCUGUUCGCAGGGCAUUUCUGCGCUGUCUGGAGGAGACACCAUUGAUGGUGUCUGGACUCAUGUUGACCAUCCUCUUCUGUGUGACCAUCAUCAUCAUCCUCCCCUCCACAGGCCGGAACCUCAUCGUUCAUCUGGCAGCGUUUGCUGUGGUGUGUGUAGUGUUGGGUGUCUGUGUGUUUCUGCUCCUCUGUUUGCCGUGUCUGCCGGUGGUCCGGCGAGGUGAAAAACCGCUUGCGCUUUUUGUCUGGUUUAUGCUCUUCAUCAUCGCCAUCGUCUUCAUCUUCACCGGAGGCGAGGUCACAGCGUGGGAACAGGUUUCAUUUUUUCUCUUUCUUGCGUUUUCUGUGUAUACCGUUCUUCCUCUCACACUGUCGUGGGCUCUGAGUUUUGGCAUCGGAGUGAGUGUUACUCAUAUUAUCAUCAUCAGUGUAUAUGUGUCUGUCAAGAAUCCUGAAACAAGAGAUCUGGCCUUACAGCUGGUGGCAAAUGGAGUGUUGUUUGUGUGUGUCAACUGUGUGGGCAUCUUUCACCUGUGGCAUACUGAGCGUGCCCGCAGGAAAUCCAGCAAGAAGCGAGAAGAUUUCAGCAAAAACCGUGCAUUACAAGCCAAACAGAAACGUGACCAGGAACAUCUUCUACUCUCAGUUUUACCGCGCUACAUUGCCAUGGAGCUGAAGACAGAAAUUGUCAAGCGUCUGACAGCAAAAGGUGAUGCAGAGGAAAACAGAGCGAAUUUCCACAGCCUUUACGUCAGACAACACAAAGAUGUCAGUAUUCUGUAUGCCGACAUCGUGGGAUUUACGCAUCUCUCCAGCACCUGUACACCUGAGGAGUUAGUCGGCAUUCUUAACAAACUCUUUGGCAGGUUUGAUGACAUCGCAAAGAAGAACGGCUGUUUGCGUAUUAAGAUUCUAGGUGAUUGUUAUUACUGCGUGUCAGGUCUUCCAGACCCCAUCUCUCAUCACGCUCGUAACUGUGUUCAGAUGGGUCUAGACAUGUGCACUGCUAUAAAUAAACUCCGUGAAGCCACGGAUGUAAACAUUAACAUGCGAGUCGGUGUUCACACUGGAAACGUUCUCUGUGGUGUCAUCGGUCUUCAGAAGUGGCAGUAUGACGUCUGGUCAGAUGACGUGACUUUAGCCAAUCACAUGGAGUCAGGAGGAGUGCCAGGGAGAGUUCACAUCACUGAAGAGACGUUGGCUCAUCUGGAUGGGAAAUAUUUGGUGGAGGACGGAAACGGUGGAAGUCGGGACGCUAGAUUGAAAGAAAAGAAAACGUAUCUGGUAAUUGAUCCGAACACAAGACGGUGCUCGGACGCAGCAGGAGAGCCUCAAACACUGAAGUUGAAAAACAGACCGAAACUCAGAGCUUCUGUGAGGAUGUCUCAGUAUCUUGCGUCCUGGAAAACCGUAAAGCCGUUUUCAGAGCUCAACCAAUCAGAAGCUUCGCUCACAGCUCUGCCGACUGUUGACAUUAACAUCAGCCAACCACAGCCUGCCGGAGCGCCACUGACCACAGACACAAACUCUGACAGGUCUCAGGUUGUGGAGAAUGAAACGAUAGAAACGUUAGAUCCUCUGGACUAUGAUGGGAGAAGAGCCAAACUCAACUGCCUGACUCUGUUGUUUAACAGUUUUCAGUUGGAGAAGCAGUAUUCUCUAAGUGAAGUCAGCGGGCUGCAUUACUCUUUCAUAUGUUUGGCCGUUAUCUUCGUCUUGCUGUUUGUGGUUCAGAUGCUGACCUCGCAGAAAAAUUUUGAGCUGGCCGCCUCGUAUGGAGCAACGUUCCCGGUCCAAAUCGUGAUCCUGCUAGUGGUCUGCACUGAAUUCCUGAAGCGCUGGAACUCUAAGUUGCCUCCCAGCAUGCAUUGCAUGUCAUCGCUGUCAGACGGUGGGGCCCCCAGGGCGGUGCUGCGGUUACUGCUGGUUAUUUUCUCUUUACUCAUCACUCUUCUCAUGGCAGUACUGAACAUGACUUUUAUCCCCGAUGAUAACUGCUUAACUGUGUCUCACAACAUAACACUACUUAACACUCUUGAUCUCUACACUUAUCCGUAUUAUGUGUAUUGUUGUCUGUUGGCGAUGUUGGGUGUGAUUGUGUUUGUGCGAGUGUGUGUCUCUGUUAAAGUUUUCCUCUUGACUCUGGCUGUCGUGGUCUACCUCGCACUCUUUCUGUAUGUAUUCGCACCGCGAUCAGACUGCUAUAUGAAACAACUCUACCCCGACAGCAUGCCGGGAGUUCUUAAGGAGCCCAAGAUCAUGUCUGGUAUCUGGCUGGUGAUAUUCUAUAUAACUUCUCUUAUUCUUGUCCGUCAGGAUGAGUUAGGCUCUCGGACAGAGUUCCUGUUAGAGAAGUGUUUUAAACGAGAAUCUGAAGAAAUGGAGACAACAAAGAAUGUGAAUAAACUCCUGCUGCAAAACUUACUGCCAGGUCACGUCACAGAUUUCUUUAUAGGGAAAGACGUCGCCAACCAGGAUCUGUACAGCAAGUCGUGUGAGUGUGUUUGUGUUCUGUUUGCGUCUGUGCCACAGUUCUAUAAAGAGUUUUAUAGUGAAUCCAGCACAAACAAUGAUGGACUGGAGUGUCUGCGCUUUCUCAAUGAAAUCAUUUCAGACUUUGAUGAGAUUCUCAACAAGCCAAAAUUUAGUGCUGUGGAAAAGAUUAAAACCAUCGGCAGCACUUACAUGGCUGCGGCCGGACUCACCAAUCCUGCCAAUGUAGAAGAGCGUCAGGCCUCUGAUGUAUCGUACAGUCACAUUCGCAGCAUGCUGGAGUUUGCUGUAGCUCUGAGAGGACGUCUGGAGAACAUCAACACACACUCCUUCAACAACUUUAAACUGAGGAUCGGGAUAAACCAUGGCCCUGUGAUCGCAGGCAUUAUUGGUGCUCAUAAACCUCAGUAUGACAUCUGGGGAAACACUGUUAAUGUGGCCAGCAGAAUGGACAGUACUGGAGUACUGGAUAAAAUACAGGUGACAGAGGAAACAGCACAGGUGGCUCAAACCCUGGGCUAUGGAGUAACUCUGAGAGGAGUCAUCAACGUGAAGGGCAAAGGAGAACUGACAACAUACUUCAUCGACACCGAGUCUUCAGUACAGAAUUCAACUCUGGAGUCGCACCAAAAUCACAUUAUGAAGAAAUAAUAUCAAUCUGAUAUAAUGAUACUGACCUAAGCUAACUAGCACUUACUAUUACUAAUUCAAGUACUUUACAAAGGUGCUUCAUAUUUAGAAUUUCAAAUUUAUUUUAGAUUUUUAAAACAAAUGUUAUUUUCCUACUUGUAUGUUUGUUUGUUUAUUUAUUUAUGUUUGUUCAUAUUUAUGUAUUUAAUACUUUGUUUAAUUA